CCCCCCAGCACGUCUCCUUUUACCCCCUCAUCCUCCCCGACCCCUCGUUACCUUUCGCACGCCCUCAUAGCUCGGUUUAAGACACUGGUCUUUGGGGGAAGGGGACAACUGACUAGAAAAAAAAUACAUACUUAACUUCAUCUGGAAAAAAAGGGACAACAGGAGGCCGAGGAGUGGGACUGAACAGGAGAAAGGGAACCGUACACCUUCGGCGUUGAUGAGCACAUAUUGCCUGUCAGCAGAUUUGAGUGCUGGUGGUGGUAGUAAAUCUCCAUUUUUUUUGAAGAAAAAUGAGUGAACUCGAUCAGUUACGCCAGGAGACAGAACAGCUCAAAAAACAAAUCAGAGAUGCUAGGAAAGCCUGCGCAGAUGCCACGCUGGCUCAGAUCACAGCUAAUAUCGAUCCAGUGGGUCGAAUUCAGAUGCACACUAGACGUACAGUGAGGGGGCAUUUGGCUAAAAUCUAUGCUAUGCACUGGGGGACAGAUUCAAGGCUGCUAGUUAGUGCCUCCCAGGAUGGCAAACUUAUCAUUUGGGACAGCUACACCACAAACAAGGUUCAUGCUAUUCCUUUGCAUUCUUCUUGGGUGAUGACAUGUGCAUAUGCCCCUUCUGGCAACUAUGUCGCCUGUGGUGGUCUUGAUAACAUUUGCUCUAUAUACAACCUGAAAACACGUGAAGGAAAUGUGCGAGUGAGCCGUGAGCUUGCUGGACACACAGGAUACCUGUCCUGCUGCCGCUUUCAGGAUGACAACCAAAUAAUAACCAGCUCUGGAGAUACCACUUGUGCUCUGUGGGAUAUUGAGACCGGUCAGCAGACAACCACCUUCACUGGACACACUUGGGAUGUAAUGAGUCACUCUCUGGCUCCAGAUUCCAGGUGCUUUGUAUCUGGAGCUUGUGAUGCCUCUACCAAACUUUUCGACAUCCGAGAAGGAAUGUGUCGGCAGACCUUUACUGGACAUGAGUCAGACAUAAAUGCAAUCUGUUUCUUCCCCAAUGGCAAUGCUUUUGUCACUGGCUCAGAUGAUGCCACUUGCAGGCUGUUUGACCUUCGUGCUGACCAAGAAUUGUUGAUUUAUUCCCAUGAUAAUAUAAUCUGUGGCAUCACAUCUGUAGCUUUCUACAAAAGUGGUUGCCUCCUCUUAGCUGGCUAUGAUGAUUUUAAUUGCAAUGUAUGGGGCACACUUAAAGCAGAUAGAGCAGGAGUUCUUGCUGGUCAUGAUAACCGUGUAAGUUGCUUGGGAGUAACAGAUGAUUGCAUGGCAGAUGCAACAGGGUCAUGGGACAGUUUCCUUAAGAUCUGGAACUAAAUUCUAUACCCAGUGGACACCUUCGUGACUGGAAGACCAUUCCAACCUUUGUAAAAAUUUAAAUCAUAGCAUAUCCAAUCCAAUCAUACUAACUUGGACACCCACUCUCCCUACUCCUAUACAAGGGCAAAAUCCUCUGCCCUUGUUUUUUUGCUGAAUCCAAGAGCACAAUUAUUUGCUAUAGGAAGUUUUUUUUUUCUUUCCUUUCUUUAAAUACAGAAUUGUGCAUUCCUUUUGGGACCAUAAUUUAUUUGCCAUUUGUCUUGA